CUGCAACAUAGGAAGAAGCCUGGAGAGGCGUUUGUGUGCCUGCUUGGAGCGGGCCGGGCAGGAUGUGGGUGAAGGUGGCUCGGCUCUUACACUGAGUGUUAUGGGUGCAGCCUGGAUGAGGAAUGGUGCCAAUCUCUUCUCAAGACAAGGCCAUGAAAGUGUCCAUCUCUGUUCAGUGAUGCUUCUGCUCCACCUUUAUUUAAAGUUCAUCUCUGUUCAGUAAACUGGUGUUGCCAGUCCCUUAAAUGGCUGGAGAGAGCUCAGUGGCACUGCAAAUACGCCACCUCCCACAAGCCACCAUGUUGCCUGUGUUCCCUUCGGAAGGAUACAGUACCUGGCUUCCAUAGAAUACGUUGGAAACCCCCAUGAAACUGCAGCUUGUUGAUUAUGUGCCAUUGCCUUUGGAAACCAGAGAGAGUUGGGGCAGGAGCUGUGGACAUAGGCAAAGGGAUCAGUUCCUGAGAAUCCUAGAGCGCUACUGGUUGAGACACACAUCUCCAUCAUCAACUUGUUCUGUCUCUUGUAGGAAAGAUUUUGCAUCUCACAUGAAUUACGAAAAUCCUCCACCUUAUUCUGGCCCAGGCCCAAAUGCUCCAUACCCACCAUAUACACAACAGCCAGGUGGACCUCCAGGCCCCAAUCCAUACCCAGGCUAUCCACCAGGGCCUACUGGACCGUAUCCACCAGGUCAACCAGGUUAUCAAGGGUAUCCACAGUAUGGAUGGCAGAAUGCACCACCACCUCCUGGACCAGUCUAUGCUGAUGGACCUAAAAACACAGUGUAUGUUGUAGAAGAACGAAGAAGGGAUGACACAGGAGAGAGUACCUGUCUGACGGCAUGUUGGACUGCUCUGUGCUGCUGCUGCCUUUGGGACAUGCUGACUUGAAUUCUGCAAGAAGUCACCACUGUCGAUACCUCUAAGUUGGAGUGCUAUGCAUUCUCCUCUGAUUUCUUUUGUUCUCCUGACCUCUUUCUAUUACUGUAAUCAAUGAUCUGCUUUGCACAGCCAAGAGUAUGUGUCUGAUGUUAGUCCUAGCGCCAUGGUGGUGUGUGCACUCCUUUAAUUUAGUAAAGGAAAUCCCUUUUUAACAUACAUUUAUAACAUUUUGUUUGUUUGUUUGUAAUGUAAAGAAUGUGCUAAAUGAUAUUUUUUUUGGCCAAAGCCUUCACUGUUAUGAAAUAUGUAUUUAUCAUUUUAAAAUUUACUAUUCCUAGAAAUGAAAUAUGCAAUAAUUAAAGCAAAUGAAUUAUUUUUUUUCUUUGCUAGUUCCCACUUCGGUUUCAAUAAAUCUGUCUGAUACCGAG